AUGACUUCCCAGCUUCGAGUCGAUUCGACGGGAAAGCAGCUCACUGGGUCCGAGACUGAUGACCUCCCACCUCAAACUAGAGCGCAGAGAAAGACACAGCAUGUUCAACUUGCAACGCUCUGUUGGACACUCUUCCUGGCAGGCUGGAAUGACGGGACAGUGGGUCCGCUGCUUCCCAGAAUACAGCAGUCCUACCAUGUUGGGUAUACCAUCGUUUCCCUCGUCUUCGUAUUCCAGUGCCUAGGGUGCUUUCUCGGCGCGUUGGCGAACAUCCCACUGACGCCGAAGUACGGAUUUGGGAAGCUCAUGCUUGUUGGUUCAACGUGCCAGAUGAUAGCGUACAGCCUGCAGGCGUCUGGGGCCCCCGUUUCCUGUGUUCGUUCUUGCUGGUUUCGUCAAUGGAUUUGGACUGGCCAUGCAGGACGCACAAGCCAACGGUUACGUCGCCAGCAUGACCUCUAAUCGCGAUAGCGGCGUCUUAAUGGGGCUCGUGCAAGCCGCUUAUGGCGCCGGGGCUCUCGUAGCGCCUUUUGUGUCGACCCAGUUUGCCCAGCCUCGAUUCGCUGCACACCACCAUUGGGCGUUCCAUUACCUCUUGUCGCUCGGCGUAACCGUGCUGAACACGGUGUUGCUGGCUGCCGUGUUCAGAGGCAGGAACCAGGAAGGUCGGACUGUCUACCCCACCGUCGCGAGAGAUGAGCAGCUGACAAAUGGUCUCAGCUUGUCUAAUAUUAACAGGUCAACCGCCCUCUCGCGACGAGAAACCGGCCGAAAACCAGGUCACCGCCAAUGAACCCGCGCAAGAACGGAGUCACUUGAGGCAGAUCAUCUCCAUCAAAUCUGUGCAUGUUUUGGCGCUAUACCUUUUUGUUUAUGUUGGGACGGAGGUGACUAUUGGUGGUAAGAGAAAAUGCUGCGUUUAAUCCGGGGGGGGGGGUAAUCUGUCAACAGGCUGGAUCGUCUCGUUCAUGCUUACCGUGCGCCAUGGCGGCCCGUCAUCAGGCUACAUCUCGGCUGGUUUCUUUGGAGGUGAGAUCAGUCCGGAAAAUACGGGCAUCAGUCUUUAUGGUGGAACUAUGAUAGGUCUGACCCUCGGAAGAGUAAUUCUCCUCCCGGUCAACAAACUGGUUUGUGCCUGCCACGGACGCGUGUAAAAGGAGUUCAAACCCCGUUAGAUCGGGGAACAUCGGGCUGUAUACCUUUAUGGAAUCAUCGCCAUCGCGUGAGUCGAUUUUGUGGUGGUUGUCAAUGCUCAUUAGACCAGCCUAGAAUUAGUCAUAUGGCUGGUCCCCUCGCUCGUUGGUGGUGCCAUUGCCGUCUCCUUCGUUGGACUCUUCCUUGGCCCUAUGUAUCCCAUCGUGAUGAAUCACGCUAGUCGCGUGUUCCCUGCUCACCUCUUGACCGGCAUCAUCGGCUGGAUUGCCGGCAUUGCUACAGCCGGUGCCGCCGUUGUUCCGUUCAUCACCGGCGCAAUUGCCGGUGCGGGUGGGAAAGGAAUACAAAGCUUGGAACCAGUGUGAGUGAGAGUAGUACUUAGUCGACCGUCUCUAAUCAUCAUCAGAGUUGUUGCGAUGCUGACUGUGAUGGUGGUUCUGUGGGCGCUGGUCUCCAAACGAGUCUAA